UUUCCAUUCUCUUUUGUAGCCCUAUCGGCUUCCUGCUUUCUCUGCUUCCAAAAACCCUUGUAUCUAGGAUUAGGGUUUCUUCGCUAAUACCGUUAGGGUUUUCUGUCCUAUCUCUUCACUUCAUUAGGGUUUUGAGUAUCUGAGCUGCUGCAGAUUUGUAUAGAUUCUUUGAUUGUUGUCUUUUCAAAUCUUUGGUUCGUUUUAGAUCUGGAUCUGUGAGGAGACGUUUAUACAUAGAAGGUGUCAAUGGAUUCUCGGAAGAGAGGUAGGAAUGAAGGUGGAUUCAACGUUAAUGGCGGCUUCAAGAGAUCUAAGCAAGAAAUGGAGUUCUUAUCAACUGGUGUAGGAAGCAAAUCGAAGCCAUGCACCAAAUUUUUCAGUACUGCUGGUUGCCCAUUUGGCGAGAGCUGUCACUUCCUGCACCAUGUUCCUGGAGGUUAUAAUGCUGUUGCCCAGAUGAUGAAUUUAGGGCCCACAAUACCCGCUGCACCUAGAAAUAUGGUGGCCCCACCAGCCAUGCCAAAUGGUUCAUCAAAUCUCAGUGUUAAAAGUCGCAUGUGCAACAAGUACAAUACGGCUGAAGGCUGCAAGUUUGGUGACAAGUGCCACUUUGCACAUGGUGAAUGGGAACUUGGCAAGCCUGUUGCUCCAUCUCAUGAUGACACUCGUAUGGGACACGGACCUGGUCGCAUGGGAAGUAGGAUGGAACUCCCACCUUCCGGUGCUGCUGCCAGCUUCGGUGCUUCUUCCACUGCAAACAUCAGUAUAGAUGCCUCAGUUGCUGGCGCCAUCAUUGGUAAAGGUGGUGUUAAUUCAAAACAGAUCUGUCGCCAAACAGGGGCUAAGCUAUCUAUCCGGGAGGAUGAGACAGAUCCUAAUAAGAGGAACAUUGUACUUGAGGGGUCGUUUGCGCAGGUACAGGAAGCUGGUGCAAUGGUAAGCGAGCUAAUUAUGAACCUUGGUCCACAGGCUGGCCAUGCUAAAGUUGCUGGAGGACCUGGGCCGGCAGCUCAUCGGGGAAGCAACUAUAAGACAAAGAUUUGCGAUAAUUUUACCAAGGGAUCUUGCACCUUUGGGGAUAGGUGUCACUUUGCACAUGGUGCUGCUGAGUUGCGGAAAUCAGUUAUCUGAUUUUCUCCAGUUAAUAGGGUAGUGUUUUGUGGAAGGUAGGUCAGAUAUCUGUUUUGAAUGCUGGCUAUGUAAUGCAACUUAGUGUAAUUGAAAGAUCAUGUCAGGUAUUUUUUGCUUCUGAUUUAACUUCUGAAAUUACCUUUGUUUUGGUAACCAUAGUUGUAAUAUUGUUUACAUAAUCUGUACUGCUCGUUUGUUUUUUGUUU